AUGGCUCAAUCCACAUCCAUUUCCUCUAACAAAUCCUUGAUGAGGUUGAUUCUUCAGCUCUCCCGAUCUGACCCUAAGAGACACCCAAAGGAGAUGAAGGUGAAGAGCACGCAGCUGGUCAACGAAAUCACCGAUACCCAAAACUUGCCUUUAGAACUGAACCGGACACCCACAAUCCAUCGUCUUCAGCAGGAAAUCACCGAAGGUCAACGACAUGUACUAACAAACAUCGCUCCGAUAUCUGGUGAUUUCCAGCUGGUCUUUUGUAUGAAGGCUGUAGGCGGAGGAAGGGAAAAGGAAUAUGACAUGACAAAUGACGAAUUCAGCACUUUUUAUUUCGGUUAUAACAGUCAUCAACAUUCAGAUUCAGAUUCAGGUUCAGGUUCGGAUUCAGACAAACCUGAACCUGGACCUGAACCCAAACCUGGUGAUUUGCCAAAAAGUGUGGAUUGGAGAAAAAGAGGCGCAGUGACUCAUGUCAGAGAUCAAGGCCAUUGCGGAGCUUGUUGGGCAUUCUCUGCUGUAGCAGCAAUCGAAGGCAUCAACAAAAUCAAAGGCGGCAAUUUGACAAUUCUAUCCGAACAAAUGCUUGUGGAUUGUGAUGUCAACAAUGGUGACAAAGGAUGUCGCGGGGGUAUAAUGGAGAAAGCAUAUAACUUUAUAAAAAAGAACGGUGGAAUCACUACAGCACAAGAUUACCCAUAUGUAGGAAAAGACGAAGAUGAGAAAAGUCUACAAUCUGCGGUUGCAAACCAACCCGUAUCAGUUGCCAUUGCUGCUGGUUUUUUAUUCCAGCUUUACGGAAGUGGGCUUUAUUCGGGCCCAUGUGGGACCCACCUUAACCAUGGGGUAACCGUGGUUGGGUUUGGGGAAGAAGAUGGAAGAAAGUAUUGGAUUGUUAAAAACUCAUGGGGGACUGAUUGGGGUGAAAAUGGUUACAUGAGAAUUGAAAGAGAGAGUAAAGAUAAAGGAGGUAAGUGUGGGAUUGCAAAAGACUCUACUUACCCUGUACUUAUAUGA